AUGUCGUCGCGCGGAGGAUAUGAACGACUACCAAUGUACGCGUCCGUUGCUCGACAACGUUCCUCAUCUCACCAUCCCGGUGUUACCUUUACACCCCCGCCCUCACCUCGUCCAUCCCUUAGGUCUAGACACGACAACCACCCGAAACCCCACGUCUUCUGUCGCCCAAGAUCAAUAUUCCUUUUCCUGAAAUUCGCGGUCCCGGCUGCUAUAUUACUCAUCCUGUUCGGGCUUUUCGUAUACGAGCCGCAUAUCGAGCUGGCGUUCUACGAACGGAAGUGGAUCAAACAGGAAAUCGAGCAGCUGGCGCCGCUGGCUGGGUGCUUCGACCCCGAUAGAGUGAGCCCGAAGUAUAAUCUCAGCGACGGGGUGUAUGGGAAGCGGACGACCUCGGUGCAAGCGGGUAUGCCGCUGAGGAUGGGAAUGGACUGUUAUGACUUUGCCGGUACGAUAAAAAAGGACACGGUUCAGGAAACACCGAGACGGAUCCCCCCAGAAGACCGCGUUCAGUACCACACCUAUUGGCGCGUGGAUCUCGCCCCCUUCGGGCCCCGGCAGGAAUGGAUGCUAAAAUCGUACUUCGCGACGCAAGACAUUAGCACGACCCGGCUGAUCCUGUGGUCGAACGGCGAUUUGUCUUCGAAUGAAAUCUUACAGAAGUAUCUCCGCCGGUACCCCGACUCGUUCAAGCUUGACGUUGUGAACAUUCCAACGCUCGCACAAGGUACCGAGCUGCAAGAUAGCCCGCUGCUGGGCCGGAAAGAUGCCAAAGCGUGGGUGGACGGCGAUCUCAUUCGACUGCUGUUGCUCUGGAAUUUCGGGGGAGUUUGGAUAGAUAUGGAUUCGCUAUUAACGAGAGACCUCGAGCCAUUACUGGAACAUGAGUUCGUCACACAGUGGGACUGCUAUGACAAAAAGUACCAACCUUUCAACGGCGCACUAAUGCGUUUCCGACAACAUUCGCCUUACUUGUGCGAAGCAUUCCACAUCAUGAACAUUUCCACGCCGCCGCGUUCAGGAUCGACGGAUUGGGGCUCGCUCCUCUAUCACAAACUCUGGCGCCGUCUAGUCGCGUCAUCCAUCCCGCCGUUCCAAGUCCUACCAUUCUGCUUCAGCGAUGGGCGCUCGUGUCGUUUAGACAAUCGACUACCGGAUCCAUUCACACAGGAUAACUCGAAGGGGCAGUGGACUAUGGGUCUCGGCGUUGAGCAAGGUGGGGGGUUGGAUAGAGUCUUGGGAAAGGUGUUUGGUGUCCAUCUGCAUAACCAGUGGGAGAAGGAGUUUCCGAAAGGCGGCUGGGUGGAGAGGUUGUUACUACGCAAAUACGACGACAAGCUGGCGGGACGCGAUACUCCCGGCGACGAGCUGUGA